UUCAUACAAUGCGAUGAGUGCAUAAAGUGAGGUUAAUAUUACUGUAUUUAACUAAAGAAAUGGAUACCCUUUGGUGUUUCAAACUUUUAUCAAUAUUUUUUUACGUCAAUGGAUUAACCGUUAUUGCCGAUAACAAUCGUGCCAUACGCUUCCAUGGUAUUCAAACAGGUAACAAAUAUAUAGUUGAAGAAAAUCAGCCGUUAAGUUUAUACUUUACCGAUUUUGUCGUCACUCAUGGAUGGUGUUACAAUUAUUAUGGCCAUGAUCCUAUUUUAGACACAACAAUGCCGGCUACUGUGAAUUCUUCUUGUAUACACUUUGAAAAAGUGACGAAAUAUAUGAGCACUUUAUGGGAAUGUACUAUAGCCGUAGACCAUACUGCUAUGGGAAGAAUUACCCUUAAGCGUAAACAGAAAAUUUAUCAUUUUACACUGAAUAUACAUGUGAGAGCUGCAAAAAGAGUUCGGAUGAUCAUAAAUAAUCGACAUAUUGAGUUUUCUUACAACAAUACAUCGAGUUACCACGACGGCUUCGCAAACUACAUAUUUGAAGAACACGAAAAUAUUCAUGCGAUUUGUUUGAAUAUGGAGAAAAAAGGGAAAGUCCAACUUAUUUCUGCAAAAGCGGGUGCCACAUCGCAGGCUGUAUUUGAUUCUGCAUCGGUCAUAAUAAACUUACACAUGGGCCUUAAUAAUUCUUAUCUGGACUGCGAGUAUAUUUCGGUGGAACCAGAUGACAAAUACAUAUACAGGGUCUACUUUAUAACGAAAUAUAAAAAGGAUGGUACUUCUAAAAGCCUAGCGGCUAUUAUCGGAUGCAUUGUUGGCCCUGUAUUACUAAUCGCUAGCGUCGGCUUAUCAUAUUGGUUUAAAAGACUGCGAAGACCAAACGACGCUGAGACCCCUUACAACGGUCUUCGAGAAGAAAAUCAAGAGACGCCAUUACCCGAAUCGAUGUACGACUCAUGUUUCAGCGAAAAUUUCUCAACUAUGCAACCAAAUAAUGAUAUUUUGAAAUGUUCAGACUUUUCUGAAUCUUGCUACCAUAGCUAUGCGAAAGUAAAUUAUUUACAAUGCAAGCCGAAGUUACCUGAAGGUCAACAACGCUCGACUAUAAUUUACAAUGUACCUUAUGAUCAUUCAAGAAGAAAACAUUAAUAUACAAUGCAAUAUUUUAGUUUAUUAAUUCUUAUUACUUUUAUUUUUUCCUAAUUCUGUCUACAUCUCAGAAGAUAUUUCGAAGAAAUACUUAAGAUGUGCCUUUGUACCGAAUUGUUGUAAUAUUUGAUUCAGCUUGGGUUGGAGAAUAAGGUACCGCACCGCGGCCUCGGCCUAAUCAUUGUAUUAUUGUUCUUGUCUAAGGAAAAGGAACGGGGGUUGCUAGUCAGUGAGCGUCUAGCUUUCCCUCUCGCGAUAUCCUCGGCGAGAGAAGUAAUUUGAUGAAUUUCCCCCACAACUUGUUAAGGGCCUCCGCGCUUUUUGAGCCGUAAAAACGUUCCAUUCUAAAGCCUAUUCCUCAUCAACGGUUGGGUGUAAAGAUUAAAAAAAUAUAUAUGUUUACUGUAGAUUCAUGUACUACAAUGUGAAAAAAAUUGAUUUUCUUAUGACACAAAUAGUUAAGCUGUAAAAAAU